AUGGCGAAAAGCUGGGGGUUUGCGAUUGCGUUGAUAGUCGUCUCAUCGCUACUCUCCGUCGUCUAUGCACAGAACUACCCCUUAGUUACGGAUUCAAAAUGCAACUGCUACAGAACGAACACGACCACUUCUCACUACUUCACUCACCACCGCUUCUUCGAUUUCAGAGAUAUGUCAAAGUAUGUGCGCGUACCAGCACCCAUCAAUGAUGCUCAGCACGCUGCCGACGCCCCCGUCACGAAUGACUACUUCGACGACCCGGCGUGGAGCAGCGUGUGGUCGAUCCAGAACUGGAACAACAGCCUGCUCAUGAACGGGAGCUCGGACGACACGGGAAGCGACGCCACGGUCCUCAUGGUGAACUCGGCCAACAACAUCUACUUCGACCGGAACCGGGACGGGGGCGCGGCGUCCGAGACGUACAUGGUGAUGCGGACGAUGCGCCACGACGGCUUCCAGUCCGCGUCCGAGAUCGAGUCCGUCUCGCUCGGGUACCGGUACGCGUCGAUCCGCAUGUACGCGCGGACGAAGGGCGCGCCGGGCGCCGUGACGGCCAUGUUCACGUUCCGCGAGGCGCCGCGGCUCGCGCAGGUGCAGGAGGCCGACCUCGAGAUCCGGACCAUCGAUCCGACGGACUCGAUCCAGUACACGAACCAGCCGUCGUGGAACGAGACGGGCGACAUCCCCGAGGCGACGCGCAACGUCUCGAUGCCGAGCCGCGGCGGUUGGUCGGAUUGGCAGCACCACCGGAUGGACUGGACGCCGGGAUCUACUAGCUGGUUCGUCGACGGACAGCUGAUGUCGUCUAUCAAGUUCCAGGCGCCCAGGGACGCGAGCCGCAUCAUGUUUAAUAGUUGGAGCGACGGCGGCAGCUGGAGCGGCAACAUGAGCGUCGGCGCGUCGGCGGAAAUGCAGAUCCAGUGGAUCGAUAUUGUUUACAACAGUACGGACCCGGCUCCCGGAAACCCGUUCUUGAACCCUGGUGCCGGAGGAGCGUGUGCGAACACUUGUAGUAUUGACCUAACCUCGAAGACCGGUACCCCAGUGCUGAUUUCCGGGCCUUCAGGCAACAAUCCCGCUCCCGGAAAUGGCGAUUCCCCAGGAGCUUGCACUGCGGCCAAGUGGGGACAAUGCGCCGGGAAGACGUGGAACGGAUGUACGGCCUGUGCGGGAGGAACGACGUGCAAAUUUCAGAAUGAUUACUAUUCCCAAUGCCUUUGA